UGCCUUGGAAAAGGAUCACUAGAUUUAUAAGAGUUUAUAACAGCUGUUAGACCACACCCAUAGCCUAGAGAUUGAUUGCAUUGCAUUGAGACACAAACGAUGCAGUGCAGAAAGCAAAAGUGCAUUGAAAGAAGAGAUUCCACUGUAUGAGUGAGCAUUGAAAAUGUCUACCAACUCAGAAAAGUAUCAGCCAAAGGGAGCUGUCACCAAGGAGAUCAUGGAACUCCCUAGACACCAAAAUGGCGAUGUGGAUUGGAACACACUCGGAAACAUCUUAGUGGCUUAUGACUUGGGAGAAGUGUUGUGUGCUUCAUAUGUGGACCGCCUGUAUGGCAAAGAAGAUCCUGGAUUCAAACCAAUCACAGACUGGAGAUUCCUCUAUAAGGAGAAGGAUGUUGUGGUGCUAUGGAAGCAGCUGCCGGACUCGCCCAUACAAUGUUACAUGGGUCGAUCAGUGGUGGAUCUUCCUGCUAGUACUAUCCAUGGCUUCUUGGGAAUUAAUGAGUCUGCCCACUACUUUGACAGAUUUGUUGUGCAAUCCAAAUUGAUUAAGAGUCUUCGCGAUGAGGUGGACAUUAAAGAUGGGAUUUGUUAUAUGCAACACGAGAGUAAGCACUGCUUGGUUAAAGCGAAGAGAGACUUUGUGUUCUAUUCACGGUGGGAAGCAAUGAGUGACGGAAAGUGUGUGUUGAGUGCCUUGUCCAUCGAUUAUCCUGACUACCCCCUGGUGCCAGGGGUCACACGAGGACAGUUUCGACCAGGCUCUGGCUGGAUACUGGAACCGUAUAUGGGAGACCCCAACAGAACACUGGUCUCUCACAUUGUACAUGUGGAUUUAGUCUCUCUACCCCCUAUUAUCACCAAUCGUGUUAUGAGGAGAGUUCCACUCUCUGUACACUACCUGAGGGAGCACCUCAAUCUCAACCGUCCACCCACACCCUCACAUCUCCCGCUAGUUACACCCAACAUCCACGACAGACAGCCGGAGCUUCCCACAUCGAUAUCACCACAGAUACCCACGCCCAAUGCACAACAAGGGAGCUACUGCAGCCUUUCCUCAUUCCCUAUGGAGAGCAACCCACUCUAUCAAAGCAGCAAUUUAUACAUGGGCAGCGCACGACUCAGAACUCAAUCACAAGAAAGCUGGCGAUUCAGAGGAGUUGACAACGAAGUGGGCAUAAAGCCAACUAGAAAAGUACCAACUGUGCCUGAGGAAGAGGAAGAAGAGGUUGUGCAAGACCUUUCUGCCACUCUGGUAAAAAUAGAAACUGAAUUGGACACUAGUCAUGGUUUCCCCGCACCAUUUGAAAUGACCACUACCAGUACAGAUUCAAGUUUAGCUAAAAUUGUGAAACAAAGUGAAGGAGAACAAUGGUUACUUGUACAAGCUCCGAUUGCCAUGGGUCGGAGUCCGAGCCCUAGUAAAAGUGUGAAGGGAGUCGAGGAUACUGUCACUCCGGAUGUGUCUCCAGGCAACAGUCAGGGUAACGAGUGGACAGUAGCAAGCUCGAAUAAUGAGUGAUGAUUCAGCAUUAUGAUUGUUUCAAUAAUAAUUAUUGUAUGCACAUAAACUUUUAUUCAAUUUAUUUUGUGGUUUCCAAGUAGAUUUAAAUGAAAAAUUGCUGCAAAUAA